CUACUGACCGCGUGGUCCCUGAACGCAUCACACUUCCUCUACCUUACGAGCCUGUGUGAGUCAGACAACACUUUCCCGGCGACUGACCACGGCAUCAGCGGCUGUAGGCGCCGGGCCGGUGGAGGUGGAUUGUUCAUUUAUUAUUUUAGUCUUAUAGAUAGUAUGAUGGCCGUGUUUCGGAAUACGCUAAACCAAUUGUCGGAAUAAAAAAAACCGCAGCAGCUAGCUUAGGUAGCGGGGUACUCGCACUAGCCGUUGCCACGGAAACACAACAGACCCAGACGAACAGCUGAUGGCUCGGUCGCGUCCUGUUAAAACUCGUUGAAAGUGUGAAAUCACAAACCUGUUCCACUGACUGAUGGUGGUCACACGAUGGCGGGGACCCGACCCAGCUCCUCCGACUCCACUGCCGACAUGGGGAGCACCAGCAGGAGCGUGGACGAACCUCCUCCCUGUGGUUCAGUCGUGUUGAGUCCCUCAAAAUCCGGAUGUGCUCAGAGGGGUUUCAUGAUGAUGCCCCCAGAGGAGAAGCUCAAACACUUUGACAGCCGAGCCCAGGCUCACGAAGACAACCGAGAGUUUGAUGCUUGCAUCCAGGACCUGGUGCGCUGCGUGGCUCUGACGAGGCUGGUGUAUGGGGAGGGACAUCUGAAACUAGCCCAGGCCCAUGUCAGACUGGCUAAAGCAUAUUUCCAGUUCAAAGGCUGGGGACUCCAGGCCCAGGAGCACUCGGCCUCAGCCAGAGAGCUGCUGACUGUCUGCUCCUCCAUCUCCUCCUACCAAGGUGAAAAGCACGAGGUUCUCACGUGUCUCCUGAGCAUACACCUCACACAGGGAGCUGCUGCCCUGCUUACAACCAACCUUGAGGAGGCAGAAUUCUCUUUUCUGAGAGCAGAAAAAGUUCUUAAGGAUCUUCAUCAACACUGUGCCAUCACCCAGGAAGAGGAGAUAAAGACGGCACUGGAAAUCUCCACUAGCCUAUGCAGGGUCUUUAAGAGACAGAACAGGCUGGAGGAGGCAUUGAACCAGUGUGAGAGGUCUCUGCAGCUGCUGGAGGGCCGUGAUCAGCCAGAUAAGACCUGCUCCGUCUACAGGGACAUGGCCGCCAUUGAACAUGACAAAGGUCAUUCGGACCGAGCCUUGGAGCAUCUCUCCAAGGCUCAUGCCAUUGCUAUGAGCCACAGCCCAGGGGAGCUAGAGGCGGCUCAGAUCUCCCACAGCCUGGCUCUCAUCCUCUCUGCUGCAGAGGAGCCCCAUCACAAUGAAUCUGCAGGUCACCACUUUGAGCAGAGUCUAAGUGCAUACAAGAACUCUGUGGGUCCACUGGAUCGAGCCUUCCUCGCUGCCCAGGAUGAUUUCUGUCGUUUCCUCCUCCUCAAUGGCCAGCAAGAGAGAUGCGUGGAGAUCCAGAGAGCCUCUCUCCCUCUGAAGAGAUCUACAUUUGGUGACCUGAGCGCUGAGGUAGCAGACACACUUCAACUCAUAGGUAGUGUGGAGAUGUCGGAGGGCAGGAUGACGCAGGCCCACAGGACUAUGAAAAAGUGCCUAGAGAUCCAGAGUUGGCUGUAUGGGCCUCAGCACAAGAAGACGAAAGCUACACAAAAAGCUGUGGACAUGCUGGCCCGGGCACCAGAGGUGGCUGAGAGACUACAAAGGUUAGGUAGAAGAAAAAUAUAACUCUACAGUUGUGACCAUCAAGUAGCAAUGAUGGAAAAUCAAUACCUGACACUUUUAUUUGUCACUACAAUAACUUUGUUGGUUUGGACAAAGAAUUACAGACGUUCUACUUUUCUUUGCCUGUGUGUCAGAUUGUACAAGUACUGUAACACUUUCUAACUGCUCUAAUCAUGAUGAUUUUGUGUCAUUCAGACAAUAUAUUAGCAUGGAAUAAAAACUCAAACUCAGAAAACAUACCCACAAUAGGCUUUAAUUGUGUUAAGAUGCCAAUCAAUUUCCAAAACCAAUUUUAACCAAAGCAGUAAUGUCAUCUGUUCAGUAGAAAUCAUUACUGUAUGUCAAUAAAAGCACUGACGUUGGGCUAUC